CACGAUUACUCGAGUUUAUUAAAUAAAUGCAAAAUUCGUCUUUCCUAUCCCCCAAAAAUUUAUUAAAUAAACACAAAAUUCAUCUUGCUAUCACAAAUACUUAAAAACCUAGCUCUCUUGAUUGUGCUUUAUUCUUUGGUCCAGGGUCGGUAAAAUCCUGCCCUACUCUUUUCGACCCGAAUACGAAUCAUUCCAACGGACCGCAGGCCUACUCUUCAGUUGUCUCCACCAUCGCGGCGGCGAUUUUUGGUUACCCUCUAGUUAUCGGUUAACGCAUCACCGCCGCGAAUCACAAUGGUCGAGUCCUCCUCAGUCGGGGGAGCGUCGCUCCCUUCAGGCCCUGAUGGGAGAAAACGCCGUGUGUCGUACUUUUACGAACCCUCAAUCGGCGACUACUACUACGGCCAAGGUCACCCAAUGAAACCCCAUCGCAUCCGCAUGGCCCACAACCUCAUCGUGCAUUACUCCCUUCACCGUCGCAUGGAGAUCGUCCGUCCGUUUCCCGCUGGCCCAGAAGACAUCCGACGGUUCCACUCCGACGAUUAUGUAGACUUUCUAGCUUCUGUCACUCCGGAUACCCUUCAUGACCACACUCAUGCUCGCCACCUCAAGCGGUUCAACGUUGGAGAGGAUUGCCCAGUUUUUGAUGGUAUUUUUGAGUUUUGCCAAGCGUCUUCAGGUGGAUCCAUCGGAGCCGCUGUUAAGCUUAACCGGCAAGACGCCGACAUUGCGAUAAAUUGGGCCGGAGGGUUACAUCACGCGAAGAAGUCCGAAGCUUCAGGGUUUUGUUAUGUUAAUGAUAUUGUUUUGGGUAUUCUUGAGCUUCUUAAAGUCCACAGGCGUGUGCUAUAUGUAGAUAUCGACAUCCACCAUGGAGACGGGGUUGAAGAAGCUUUCUUCACCACUGACAGAGUAAUGACAGUCUCAUUUCAUAAAUUUGGUGACUUUUUCCCUGGAACUGGACACAUCAAAGACAUUGGCGCACAUCAGGGAAAGUACUACGCCCUAAACGUGCCUUUGAAUGAUGGAAUGGAUGAUGAUAGCUUUCGUGGUCUAUUUAGACCAAUUCUUCACAAAGUUAUGGAGGUUUAUCAGCCUGAUGCAGUGGUUCUUCAAUGUGGGGCAGAUUCAUUGGCUGGUGAUAGAUUAGGAGGUGGUGGUUAUACAAUCCGCAAUGUGGCCCGAUGUUGGUGUUAUGAGACAGCAGUUGCUGUUGGGGUUGAACCUGAAAAUAAGCUGCCUUACAAUGAAUAUUAUGAGUAUUUUGGACCUGAUUACACGCUUCAUGUUGAGCCAAGUCCUCUUGACAAUCAAAACACUCCUAAAGAUUUGGAGAAAAUAAGGAACAUGCUGCUGGAGCAACUAUCAAGGUUACCACAUUCUCCUAGUGUCCCGUUUCAGACAACGCCACCUGUCACAGAAGUUCCCGAAGAGCCAGAAGAGCCCAUGGAGAAACGGGCAAAGCCACGCAUAUGGAGUGGUCAGGAAUAUGAUUCAGAUGUUGAUGAAGAAGAAAAGCCUCGGCGACAAAGCUUCAAUGCAAAUCAUAUCAAUCCAAGGGAUCAUGCAAGGGGAAACAUAAAAGAUGAAGAUAUGUCGGAUAGGGAUGCUCCCUCAUGAGUUGUUUUCUGCAACACAACAAAAACUAUGAAGUUGCUAUUAGAUUGCUUUCAAGUAGAAAAAAAAAAAAAAAAAAAAAAAAAAAAAAAACUUAGAAGAGUAAUAGUCAAAAUGCUUACUUUUUUUUUUGUAAAUUGUUGGUUUAAUUGUAUGAGAAUGGCAUACAUGGAUGUGUUUUAGACUGCUUUUGUUCUUCCAAGUUUAUGUUUUAUAGGUGUGGAUCUUAGCUCUAAAUAUGUGUGGAUUAUUUUGAGACAAAAAAAUGCUGCUAGAUUGUUUCAAUUUCUAAUAUGUUCAUUGAAGUUUAAAAAUAAACAAAUUUUUUGUAAAAAGUUUCAUCUA